AUGCCUACAGAGACAAAGACUCUUGACCAUUCACUGAUGAGUCCAAAGGCCGAACUGAAGCCCGAGAGGAAAUCGGGGCAUGGGCCACGGAGCCACGGGGAUGGUGGGGCACAGAAAGAAAAAGUAAGCCCAGGCAUUGUGGAUUUGGAGAUGAUCCGGGAUACACUGAAGUCCCCCAAGCCCCAGGCACCUGGCACCCACCGCUUCGGCCACCUCAGCCACAAUUCUUUCUUCUCCCGGCACCAUCCCCAUCCUCAACGUGUGACCCACAUCCAAGAUCUCACCGGGAAACCUGUCUGCUUUGUCAAGGACGAUUUCUCUCUGGUUCCCUUGUCUCGGUCUGCACUCUUAUCCAGCUAUCUGAUGGGGAUGCCCGCAUUCCCUGCCCCCAUUGGAGACCCACAGUCCAAUCGGAAUCCCCAGCUUUCUACUGAGACCUGGAAGAGGGAGUUGAAGGAUCUGGCUUCCCGGGUGACUCUGUUCACCAAGGAGACUGAGCAGAAAAACAAAGAGAAACAAGAGCCUCCUCUGAGGGCGCAUGGAGCAAAGUACUCGGCUGAGACUGGUCGACUCAUUCCCGCUUCCGCUCACAAUCUCCAGCGCCGCAGUUUCCACCAGGGCCAGCGGAGCCAUCUUUUGAACAAUGAUGUACUCCAGGCCUCUGUUCUGCGUGACCAGGAACUACUGAUCCUGGAGCUUCUGUGUCAGAUUCUGCAGACAGACUCUCUAAGUGCCAUUCAGUUCUGGCUGCUUUACGCUCCCUCGAAGGAAAAAGACAUUGCUCUGGGGCUCCUACAAACUGCAGUAGCUCAACAGUUCCCUCAACCCCUAACGUCCAUUCCAGAAGAAAGGCUCCUAAAUCAGCUCCAAGAAGUUCAAGAGCCUCAGGAAAACCUGCAGGCAUCCUACAGUCUUUCCCAAAAGAAGACCAAGAUACCACCUGCCCCGAAAAGUGAAAAACCAGAGUACAUUGGAAAAGCCCAAGUCCUCAAGAUACAUCAUGAGGACAAAAAGGAGAGGGCAGCUAAGCCAAAGGCUGAGAAGAACAAGGAAGUGUAG